AUGACCCGGCUGGCGGCCAAAGGGAGCGACUUUGACGUAACUUUUUGGUGCCCCGAUGCUAGAACAUUUUUUCCCAGCGAAUCCGACGCUGCUUUCCACAUUCUUCGCUGGGUUCGACAUUUUUUACUCACCGAUCUGGAAACCAGGAAUCAGAUUGAAUAUGUAGAAUAUGUCGACGCUAAGGUGCCGGUGCUUCGAAUCAAAACUAAAAAGGGUUUGGAAGUUGAUCUCAGCUCGUGUACCGAACCAUUCGUUUCAGGAAUCCAAAACAGCUACCUUAUCCGAGGAUAUGCUUCAUGGGAUGAGCGUUUUGCUCCUUUAUGUAUGUUAGUGAAAGACUGGGCAGGUCGAAAUGAUGUAAAGAAUCCAAAGGUUGGAGGUUUUAACAGUUAUGCAAUGGUUUUGCUGGUUGUCCACUUCCUACAGUGUGGAGUUGACCCGCCUAUCUUACCAAAUUUACAGAAGAUAUAUCCAGAAAAAUAUGCGCACAACGAAAAUGGGAUCAUUCGUUUUCCAACAGCGAUAGACUUCUCAGAUGAUGCAUUUUCCCAUGCUGAUCUGGGUAAGCAGUUUUUGUUCUUCAUCCAUAAAUAUCUUACUUUCUCGCUAUGCCAAGAUAGUCAUCAUCGGCUUUCCGCGAUCAGCUGAGG